CGCGAUUGCGCUAUUGAUAGCCACUUUACACUGUGUCUGUGGAAAGUCAGCCUCUCUCUCUCUCCCUCCCUCCCUCUCUCUCCCUGUGUGUGUGUCCUCCUCUCUGGCUGCGCCUUUGCGAACCUAACAGGGAGGUGUUAACUACUUUUGCUUCCCCAAAGCGCCUCCCGUUAUCUCCGGUGCCGCUGCGCAGGAGCCAGAGGGGCCACCGUUACUGAUCUCCCGCAGAAAAGUUUUCGGUUUGUUGUGAGGAUAAAAAAAGAAGAAGCCGAAGAGUCGUGUGUAGAAGAAGCGGAUUCUGUCGCUGCGAGUUUGAAGACCACAAGAAGAUGAAGACCCAGCUUUGAUGUCCACUUUCUCCGGACGCCUUGGCUUCCACAACACCUCCAACAAACACUUCAAAAGGGAGGAUUUUACUGCCUUUUAUCCAGGAGGGAGAACUUAGUCACGAACAUUUAUUGUAUGUAUCAGUAGGAACUGGACAAAAGUGUGACGCCUGUAAAAUACUGGACAAACCCAGCGGCACAUACCUGGCAUGGAAUGAUCUGGACUGGACAUUUCAAUUCUUUAAUUUCAAGAAUACUCUUGUUUCCUAUGAAUGGCUAUUUCCUGAGCCCCUUCCUCAAAAAAACAUACUGAACUCUUAAACCAGAUUCCCUCACUUUCUCAGACCCUUUCCAAGGGUCUUGGACAUUGUUUCCAAUCUCACUGAGGAGGAAUAAUCUCCUCCUCUUCCUCAUAAAACUCUUACAAGCUCUAUCUUCUGUCCAGACAUGGAUCUCCACAGGGCAGCCUUCAAAAUGGAGAGCUCCUCCUACCUGCCCAAUCCCCUGGCCUCCCCAGCUCUAAUGGUCCUGGCCUCCACUGCUGAAGCAUCUCGCGACGCCUCGAUCCCCUGCCAGCAGCCACGUCCAUUUGGUGUCCCAGUGUCAGUUGACAAAGACGUCCAUUUGCCAUUUAACAAUGGUUCUUACACGUUCGCAUCAAUGUACCAUCGCCAGGGCGGAGUCCCACCAGGAUUCCCCAACAGGGACUUCCCGCCUUCCCUCCUCCAUCUCCAUCAUCAGUUUGCUCCACCUAACCUGGACUGCUCACCAAUCAGCAUGCUGAAUCACAGCGGUGUCGGCGCCUUCAGACCUUUUGCCUCACCUGACGACCGGGAUGGAAUACCAGGUGGGUAUCAGUCGGCUUUCACCCCAGCCAAACGCCUCAAAGGCUGCAUGGAUGCAGAUGCUUCACCCCACCUGCGGUACUCUGAUGCAGAGGGGAAAGAGUAUGACUUUGGAGGUUCACAGAUCCCUCCUGGAAGUUCACCCAGCGGACUGAAGGCAGGGGACGACUGUAUUAAAAAGAUCUUCCCUGUGUCAGGCCUCCUGUCUGAUCGAGAGACUUCAUCCAGCCCUGAGGACCGCAUUGAGCGCUACACUUUAUUUAUUGAUGGUUAUCUGGACGUGAAGAGGAUUUCAACAUACGGUAAAAAGAAGAUGUCCAUGUACGACAGCCAGGCUCCAAUCUGUCCCAUCUGCCAGGUGCUGCUCAGGCCCGGAGAGCUGCAGGAGCACAUGGAGACGGAGAUAGACAGGCUAGCUGCCGUAUGCCUCAGCGGUAAGAACCCUUCACCCAAGGAUGGAGCAGCCACUCCUGGAACACCUAAGUCGAUGCUGUUGUCGGUGCACAUCAAGCGUGAGGGAGAGUCUCCUGUGGUCUCGCCUCUGUCCUCUGAAGACGCCCACCACUCCGACAGAUACCAGACGUUUUUACGAGUUCGUGCAAACAGGCAAACCAGAUUGAAUGCUCGUAUAGGCAAGAUGAAGAGGAGGAAGCCUGAGGAGGGGGGCCAGGUAUGUCCGCUGUGCAGCGCCCCGUUGGCUGGGAGUGAGGAGGAGAUGAGUAGACAUGUGGAACAAUGCCUGAUCCAGCGUGAGGGUGCGUUGUGCGACGAUGACUCUGCAGACAUGGAUGGAGAGAAUGGGCGGGGCUUUGAGGAGUAUGAGUGGGCGGGGCAGAAGAGGAUCAGAGCUACGGCUUUGCUGGAAGGAGGCUUCAGAGCAACAGGCUUCGCCACGUGUAACAUAAAGGAAAGCACGGCGGACAGUGACGCCGACCUGGACGUGGACGGAGACGACACCUUGGAGUACGGCAAAGCUCAGUACACCGAGGCCGAUAUUAUCCCCUGCUCUGGAGCCGGAGAGGACCAAGGAGAGGCCAGAGAGAGGGAGGCGCUACGGGGAGCUGUGCUCAAUGGUGGGAUGCCUUCUAAUAGAAUAACGCCUGAGUUCUCCAAAUGGGCCAGUGAUGAGAUGCCUUCAACAAGCAAUGGAGAGAGCAGCAAGACAGACCCCAGCACUCCUUCAUCCUCCUCCUCUUCCUCCUGUGCCCCGCGCACCUGUAAAAACAGUGAGAUUGAAAAGGUAACGGAGGAGGAGUCCACGGCCACCACCAUGGAGGCUCUGAAGGCUCGAAUCCGAGAGCUGGAGAAGCAAAUACUGAGAGGAGACCGAUACAAGUGUCUCAUCUGCAUGAGGAAGCCUGCUAUCCAGUUAGGUGCAGAGAUCAAGAGCCUAGGGGCGUGGCCAGGGCCCCGGCCACUGGCCAGUGAGGUCAGAGAGCGGCAGCCUAAGUCCCUCCCCCUCGGCCUGUACUGCCUGUACAGGGGCCUUGUGAUUGGUGGCUACGGCAGCGGCAUAAAGAGGCUCCUCCCACAGCCCCUACGGAGGGACUCCUACACGAUGCCGCUCACCUCCAUCCAGUGCUGGCACGUCCAUUGUGAAGAAUGCUGGCUCAGGACUCUGGGGAACAAGAAGCUGUGCCCACAGUGCAACACCAUCACCUCACCCGGAGACCUGCGGCGUGUCUACUUGUAAAGAGCACCCUUGCCCCCCUCCUGCGCCUCGUCAUCCUUCCAAUCCAUUCUGCCAUUUUGGAUUUCAUCACCCGCCCUGUUGAACGCCAUUUAUUUUCUCACUCUCUCAUGGCCUGGAUCGUUGUUCAAAACCCCAUCAGAGAGUGUCCAGAGACACAAGACUCUGCUCAAUGGAAACUGGUUUGCAUAAAUGACUGAGCAGCACUCACUGACUCUCUGGCUGCAUGGCCACGCAUUAAAAAAAUGAAAACCUAGACUUGUUUCCUCUGCCUGACUAACACGACUCCCCUCUAACUGUAACGUGGGGAAUCGUCCACUGAAGGACUAUGAAGUCGGUGGAGACGCCCAGCACCUGGCGAUGCCCUUCUGAGACACGGAGGCUUCACGCUGCUGGAGCUGGACCCUAAAGAACUUCUAACUGCAGAAUAUAAAGACUUCUUUGUCCCCCCCCUCUCUCUAGCUCUUCUUCAACAUUUCAGUAGCGCUGGACAAACAUGCUCGACCCUGAAGUCUUGACAGAAAUCUUCUUUUUGUUUUUUUCGUUCUCUGUCCCAGAGAGAGAACUCUAGCUUCAUGCCCCUGUUGCUUAAGAGAAUUUAAAAAAGGGCCACUAAAACUGAGCUUUGAACCAAACUGAGAAGAACCUGACAACCUUGAAAAAGAGAUUGACCCUUUUCUCUCUUCCACCUCUUCUUCUCGCGGGCCCUUCCCUUCCCUCUUCCCUUUUUCGUGGUGUUCUAGUGAAGUAAACCAAAAUUUCUCCCCCUCCAAGAUGCAGUGCAAGCACAUGUAAUAUAGUUCUAUGUAUGUUUACAAUGUUGAGUGUAAAUGACAUAGAGUUCACACACAUACACACACACACAAACGUACACACACAGAUGCAAACACAGUCUCAAGUUACCAUCAGACACACACUGACGUAUAAUAUCAAAGUCCUGUUUUUAGUUGGAAGGGUUUGGGACUGAUGUUUGGGGGGGAAAAAAUGGCUCGACUAAAAGAAGCCUUCUGUAUUUUUAAGAAAAAAAGACGAUUUGAAGAGCCGUUUAAAGUUUUAUUUCACUGUACAGGAAUAAAAAAAAGUUAAGUAAAUAAUAAACAGCUCGAGACUAGAUGGUGAAGAUGUAGGUGGUGUAGGAGAUUCCUCUUGCCCAAAGUUUCCUGCAAACGAGCAGAACGAUGGAACUGCUGUUUUAGUUGCAACGUCCAACUGAGCCGCUUCUUUUUUUUCCCUUUUACCUUCACUCCUGCUUCCUCCCGGUCGGAGUAACAACAACAUGCUCAGAUCAUAGUCUAGACACGUUUUGUUUUACCUGUCUCAAAAUAAAGCUUUCCCCCAUUAUUCUCAUACUGCUAUGCUGCAAAAAAAAAAAAGGUCCCCAAAAUGGCAUCCGUUAUGGGCAGGUUCUUUUCGUAAGUUAUAACAGCAGAGGGACGUCGAUGGAAAAAGAAGGCUGAACUGGCAACCUCAACAUUUUCCUCCCUCCCUCUACGGCGGCAGCGGCCGAGGUGGUGGUGUGCUUUUGUGUUCGUAAAAACUAUGUAUUCUGUGACGUCUGUAUUGUUGUAAGAAAUGCUGAGAAAAAAACCCGAGAAAAAAAAAGAAAAAAUAAAAGUUUCCGAAAUUCCACGAGUGGUCCUGUUAACACAACCUGGGUGGUAAAAUAAGACAUAGUGAAGAAAAAUGUUGCUGUGUUCACUGGAAGAAAAAAAAAAAAAAAAGGAGGAAGACGGCCUUAAUGCUAAAGACACACAUUCUGUUCAUGUGCAUUUUUAAUAGAUGGUGUGUCAUCUCAGUGUCGGUGUUCACUCUCAUGAGACUUUUGAUUUUCUGCAUCUGAAGUUGAUCAUCUCCAUCCUCUGUGAAAUAAUGUAAACGGGUUAAACAUCCUUUGUUUGCCUUCAGAAAGAAACGGGAUCCUUCUGCGAAUAAUUCCAGGGGCGAGAAAAGCAUGAGUAGAUCAGCCGUGACAGCUGAGCUCACCUCUACUCAUGAACCUGUUUCCUCUUCGCUCUGUCCCCUCUGGGUGAGCUCACUGUGUAGUCACACAUCCGGCUAAUGGGUGAAAACAUUGAGGAGGAGAAAAGGGGAUGUGAUGCUGCGUUCGCGUUGUGAUUGCUCUGAUCUUCCGUUGAUUCGAACCUGCCCCAAAGAUGACAAGUCGCACAAGAGGCUUGUGUCGGAACUAAUUUGUGUCUUGUAUAUUCUUGGAAAUGGUACAUGUCUUUCCCGUUUGUAAACUACAUUUGACAUUAAUUAAAUGAUUGUAAAUCUCAA